AUGCCUCCCAAAGCGUCUGGCAAGGCUGCAAAGAAGGCCGGUAAGGCGCAGAAGAAUAUUUCCAAAAGUGAUAAGAAGAAGAAGCGAAAGAGGAAGGAGAGCUAUGCUAUAUACAUUUAUAAAGUUCUGAAGCAGGUGCAUCCCGAUACCGGUAUCAGUUCGAAAGCUAUGAGCAUAAUGAAUAGCUUUGUUAAUGACAUCUUUGAACGAAUCGCGGCUGAGGCGUCUAGACUGGCCCAUUAUAACAAGAGAUCUACGAUAACUAGUAGGGAGAUUCAGACCGCUGUACGGUUAUUGCUGCCAGGAGAAUUGGCGAAGCAUGCAGUCAGUGAGGGGACGAAGGCUGUUACAAAGUACACGAGCGCAAAGUAA